UUCAUAUUUUCUCGCAGUAGGCGUUGUCAGUUUUUUUCGAGCAUCGGCCGCGUCGGACCGCGAAGUUUUCCAGCGGUGAUUACGGUGAGCCGCACGGUCGGGUGUGCCCCAAAGUGGUCCCCGUAGAUGGACAUUUAUCCCGCGGUUGACGAUCCCAGCAGGCAAAAGGAUGGACAGUGCCGAAAACAAUCCCAACAUCGAUCCUAGACUUCUCGAGCAUCUUAAUCGUCAUAAGCUGACACGCCUAGUUUCCCUGCUGGCGGAAGCGGAAAUUACAUCCAAGGACCUGGUAAAAUUCCGUAGAAACCCAACCCUGGUGUCCGGAGUUUUGCCAAAAGUUCGCGACCAGUUGGAUUUUACAGACUCGCUAAGGAAUGUUACUAUAGACCAAGGAGCGCAAACCGACAUAACUUUCUUCAAAGAUUUGGGGAACACAAACAACGUGACCCUCACGCAAAUCUGCGAAUUAAACACAAACGGCCAAAAGUUUCUGCGUGCAUACAUCAGACCAAAUGGUACGAAGGCACCAAUUACGGAUCCAAUGCGAUAUCAUGUGCGUAACGCACUGGUUGAACAUUAUUACCCCAUUUGCGAGGGCAGUAUCACCGACCCGUGGUUAACCCAGAUGCGCGAUAUUGUUAUGGCUGAACUGCCGGACGAAGAUCCAGAGUCCUGGUAUGUCGCAGCCGCUGAUGGCCAACCCGCAAGUGGUCUACUUUAUGAUCGGUACCGAACGUAUCGCAAGGGAAUGCGGAAAAAGGCGCGCGAACAACAAGGCCAGAAUUUGGUUAAUCAGCACAGUGCUUCAGUAAAGAAAAAGCGAAAGCGUCCCGAGGUUCAAGAUCCCGCCCCAGAGAGCCAACCAAAACCGGAGUCUCAAUGGACUGCUCUCACAGCAGAAGAGAAAAAUGUCAACACGGCGGCGAAGCUUAAGCUCAGCGGUAUGGGAUUUUCCGACGAAGCAGCGGUGAAAAUGGCGUGGGCCCAAAGCUUCAGUUUGCGACGACAUGAAGCGGUUACAGGAGUAUUAAAACUGACAGAAUGGGACGUGUUGAAACACUUCACGGACACCGCGGCGUUGGUCACGAUCGAUUUUAAUACCAUUCAUGGUAUACGAGAGGAUAAAUUUCACGCAAAGCUGCCUAUCUUUAUACAAAGAUUCAAACGACUUCAUGAAGGAUUUCUCAACCUUAUCGAAGGAGACAAGGAGCUGUUGGCCGAAGCGGUCACUUCGUUCAAAUCAGCAGAUGUGAACGAGAAAUCUAUCUUCUUAUCGUUCUAUUGUUUGCCGCUAAUCAUCCGUCAAGGAUUCAUAAAACGUAAUGAUAAGAAGACGAAACCAUCUUUACUAGAUUCCCGCAACGCUUUUAUAACGAUGACCGAGACCGAGGCAAAAGUAACGGAAGCCGUUACUGAACGGCGCAAAGUCGCAGCACAACGGAAGGAGACUGUUCAACCUUUUAUCGUUGCUGUGGGGAGUUUGUCAGAGAUCAAAGCAGUGUUCGUAACUUUUGACGAUUUGUUGGUUAAAUGUCGAUCAAUAUCGGCAGCCGUCGAUUUAUGUUUCAAACUGCACUCAGUUUUUCAUCUUGAGUACGCAAAAGAGUGUGAAUCUGUUAUGAAGUUCAUACAAACCUAUUUCUACGAGAUUAGAUACGCCAAGGACAAGCUGGAGUCUCGUGUGCGUACCUUUAUUUCGGAUCUGAAUCGCGAUAGCUAGAUGCUACAGGGUUGAGCCCAAAUAAAUGACUAA